UGGCCCUCGCCGCGACCCGUCCCGCUGGGCACCCGCCGCAGCCAGGCCGACGUGUCAGCCGUUGGAGGCGUCUGGGCGUUCGUGAACGUGAUGGCGGAUGCCUGGGAGGAGAUCAGGCGGCUGGCGGCCGACUUCCAGCGGGCGCAGUUCGCCGAGGCCGCGCAGAGGUUGUCAGAGCGGAACUGCAUUGAGAUUGUGAAUAAAUUGAUCUCCCAGAAACAGCUAGAAGUAGUUCAUACACUUGAUGGGAAGGAAUAUAUCACUCCAGCCCAAAUCAGUAAAGAAAUGAAAGAUGAGCUCCAUGUCCGUGGUGGUCGAGUGAAUAUUGUUGACUUACAGCAGGUUAUUAAUGUGGACCUGACUCAUAUUGAAAAUAGAAUCAGUGACAUUGUUAAAUCAGAAAAGCAUGUCCAAAUAGUAUUGGGACAAUUGAUAGAUGAGAACUAUUUGGAUCGGUUAGCAGAAGAGGUAAAUGAUAAAUUACAAGAAAGUGGUCAAGUAACCAUAUCAGAAUUGUGUAAAACCUAUGACCUUCCUGGAAACUUUCUCACACAGGCAUUAACUCAGCGACUUGGCAGAAUUAUCAAUGGACAUAUUGAUCUUGAUAACAGAGGAGUAAUUUUUACCGAAGCCUUUGUGGCUAGACAUAAGGCCCGCAUUCGAGGACUAUUCAGCGCAAUUACCCGGCCAACAGCAGUGAAUUCUUUGAUUUCAAAAUAUGGAUUUCAGGAGGAGCUCCUUUACUCUGUGCUUGAAGAACUUGUUAAUAGUGGACGCUUACGAGGCACUGUGGUUGGCGGGAGACAGGAUAAAGCCGUGUUUGUCCCUGACAUUUAUUCCAGGACACAAAGUUCUUGGGUCGAUUCCUUUUUCAGGCAGAAUGGCUACCUAGAAUUUGAUGCUUUAUCCAGACUUGGAAUCCCAGAUGCUCUAAACUAUAUAAAGAAAAGGUAUAAGAAUACACACCUCUUGUUUUUGAAAGCAGCUUGUGUUGGUCAAGGGCUUGUGGACCAGGUGGAAGCAUCAGUGGAGGAAGCCAUCAGCUCUGGAUCAUGGGUUGAUAUUUCCCCUCUGCUACCCAGCUCUUUGUCAGUUGAAGAUGCUUCCAUGUUGCUUCAACAGGUGAUGAGACCAUUCAGCAAGCAGGCUUCUGCUGUAGUCUUUAGUGACACAGUUGUAGUCAGUGAAAAAUUUAUAAAUGACUGUACAGAGCUGUUCAGUGAACAGAUGCACCAAAAAGCUGAAAAGGAAAUGAAAAAUAAUCCUGUGCAUUUAGUCACUGAAGAAGAACUUAAACAAAUUUCUAUAUUAGAAAAUGUUAACACAAAUAAAAAGGAUAAGAAAGAUGAGCGCAGGAAGAAAGCAACAGAAGGCAGUGGAAGUGUGCGAGGUGGAGGCGGGGGCAAUGCCAGAGAAUACAAAAUUAAAAAAGUCAAGAAGAAAGGAAGAAAAGAUGACGAUAGUGAUGAUGAGUCUCAGCCAGCUCAUACUGGAAAGAGAAAGCCAGAGAUCACUUUCAUGUUCCAAGAUGAAAUUGAAGAUUGUUUAAGAAGACAUGUGCAAGAUGCUCCAGAAGAGUUUAUUUCUGAACUUGCUGAAUACUUAAUAAAACCUCUUAAUAAAGCAUAUCUUGAGGUGGUACGUUCUGCAUUCCUGUCUUCAACUUCUGCUUCUGGAACUAGCAGAAAACGCACAAUCAAAGACUUACAAGAAGAGGUUUCCAACCUGUACAAUAAUAUCCGAUUAUUUGAGAAAGGGAUGAAAGUGUUUGCAGAUGAUACACAGGCUGCUCUUACCAAGCACUUGCUGAAGACAGUGUGCACCGAUGUCACUAACCUCAUUUUCAACUUCCUAGCUUCAGAUUUAAUGAUGGCGGUAGAGGACCCUGCCACCAUUACAAGUGAAAUAAGAAAAAAAAUUUUAAGUAAACUGACAGAAGAAACCAAAGUAUCUCUCACAAAACUCCAUAACUCUCUGAAUGAAAAAAGUAUCGAAGACUUCCUCUCUUGUCUGGAUUCUGCAACAGAAGCUUGUGAUAUCAUGGUGAAAAAGGGAGACAAAAAGAGGGAAAGGCAGAUACUAUUCCAGCAUCGGCAGGCACUGGCUGAACAGCUGAAAGUCACGGAAGACCCUGCUCUUAUUCUGCAUCUCACGUCGGUCCUGUUAUUUCAGUUCUCAACCCACAGCAUGCUUCAUGCCCCUGGAAGAUGUGUCCCACAGAUCAUUGCUUUUCUUAAUAACAAAAUCCCAGAGGAUCAGCAUACUCUCUUGGUGAAGUAUCAAGGUUUGGUUGUGAAACAGUUAGUCAGUCAAAAUAAGAAGAGUGGGCAGGGAGAAGGUCCUUUGGGUGAUGGAUUAGACAAAGAACAGCAAGAUGUCACCAAUACUACUCGGAAAGAGCUUCAAGAACUGUCUUUAUCCAUUAAGGACCUUGUUCUGAAAUCCAGGAAAUCAUCUGUGACAGAGGAGUAAUGAUCUUCCUUUAGUUAUGUAGUGCCUAGUGAAUGGUCAGAAAAUCAUAGUCACUCACCAUACCCUCAUCUCCCCUAGCAAUUCUUCCCCAUACAGUUUGAAUAAAAUUGUGCUAUUGUGUAUAUAAAUCUUAUAAAAAUGUGAAUAUUUGUAAGUUGGGUUCUCUAUGAAAGAUUUUCUUUUCAGAUAAAUUCUAUGUUUAAUUUUUUUCCACAUAAAAUUAUUUCACAGAGUUUGGGAAUAGUGGUGCACACCUUUAAUCCCAGCACUUGGGAGGCAGAGGCAGGAGGAUCUCUGUGAGAUCGAGGCUAACCUAGUCCACAUAGUGAGUUCCUGGUCAACUGGGGCUACAGGGAAGCCCUGUA